AUGUAUUCCAAUACUUCUAACAAAAGGUCUUCCAUUAAUUCUUCUUCAAACUCUUCUUCUUCUAACCUAACCCCUUCUCGCCAAUGCCUGUCUUUAACCGAUUCUUCGGAAAAUCAUGUCGAUCACGACAAUUUGUGCUUGUUGAUUAAACAAUUUUUUUACAACUCCGCCCAUAUCAUCACUCAUCACAGAAGCCCCAAUUCUUAUUCUACAGCUACUACUGGUGGAUCUUGUUUUCAGCACGAAGAGAAUCAUUUUAAUAUUAAGGAACUAACGCCCCAAUCAUUUCCGGACUUAGCACUAUGGGAAUCCAAAAUAGCUGAUACUCCAUCAUCAUCUCACGAUAAAGAACUACUACCUCCGUUGAUCAUCGAAGCGUAUCUUGACUUACGCAGAUUGAACAGCUUGAAACAAAAAGACGGCGAGUAUAUAUUAGUGGUUCAAGAUGAACAAUUCCAAGAACACCAAAUCAUGAAGUUCACUGCCGCUGGCCUUAACAACAAGAAACAAAAAUCGGAAAUUGUUUUAGAAAGGUGGUUGAUAGAUAUAUCUUUUCCAGAAGAUGAUUAUAUUUUGAAUUUACGAAGCAAUAAUCAAGAAAUUUCUCUUCAUGAUAUUUAUGAACACAGCUGUCAAGUUUUGCAAAGUUUAACCAAAUUUCUUUCUACAAAGAAUAGUAUCACAGACCUUAAAUCCCGGGUUGGAUUAAAUAGCGACGGGUUAUCGUCCUUGAUGUCCAUCAAUUAUCGAGUUUUGGAACCUCAUGCGAAAAUAUCUUCGAAAGGAAGGUUUAGUUUGAGCAAAUCGUUGAUUCCGUCCCAUGUCGCGGUAUCACCAACGUCUAAUGCCAAUAGUAACUUUCAUUUGGACAAACAUGUUUUUGAUACUUUAUUGACCCCUUUAGGAGAUAUUACCAUUACAGGGUCUUUCAGAAGAGAUUGCCAAAUUUAUUUACAAAAAGCAUCUAAUCCAACGGUAAAUUUAUCCCAACAGGCUAAAACCAACGGUCAUACGAAUGCUAGCCUUCCGAGUGCGUUAGAUGGAAAUGUCACGUCAAAAAAUUCGAUCAAUUAUAAUGGAAACCAUAACAACUCCUCUUCUUUCUCUUCGUCUUCUUUUUCAUUAGCAAGACGUCACCACAGAUUAUCAAGAAACUUAUCGUCGAAUUCUGUGUUUUCGUCUUCAUUAAACAAAGAAGAUAUGACUGGCAGGUCAAGGAAUAAUUCUAGUGUUGCAACAACUCCGGUCAACUCAUUCAAUAAAAUGGCGACGCAAAUGAGUGCUUCCCCUCAAUAUUACCAUUACCAACAACAAAAAUUCCCGAGCCAAGUGCAAAACAGUAGCUGCCAUACUCCUCUAUUUUCCACCGGAUCAUCCACCCCAAACUCAAACUUCAACAGAUCGAAUUCAAAUGUCUCUUUGGCUGCUAUUUUGCGAAAAUCUCAAAGCAAUGGUUUUGGAAGCUCUUCUUUUAGUAUUAAUAAUCCCAAUAAUAAUGGCAAUGUUAUCGGUAUUACAAAUAAAAAAAAUUCAUCUACUAGUUUAAAUAAGAAUAAUGGUCUUACUCAAUUAGACUAUAUCUAUACUGGCGGUGCUCUGGACAACAGCAAGACUAAUAUUGAUCGCCUUGUUCCACAUACUGGGAAGGGACUAAGAUAUUCUUCUUCUUUUAGUUCGCGAGAAAGGAGAAAAUCUUCAAUCGGAACCCCAAACUCUGUCUCCGGAAUCAAUCCAGGCACUCCAACAAAUGGCGUUUUCUUCAAGCAAAAUUAUAGCAUGAAGGUCCAAACUCCACUUCGCUCAUCUUUCCGCUCAAUUGGAUCUUCCCACAGCUCUGGAGCUUGUGAGGACUUACUUUGUGCUCCAGACCAUCAUCCUACCAUAAAUAAGGUGGAUCUUAGAGAUGAUGAAGCUGAUUUACGAGAUUUUAUGAAUCUUUUAGACACUAGUGUCGGUGAAGGAUUUUCUUCAUUGAACGAGUUCAAACCUCAAACCAAAAGGCCCUCGAUUUUGGUUUCUCCAAAAUUUUCAAAUAAUGAGACAACAACAUUCCUUAGUUUGGGUAUGCAAAAGGAGAAUUAUAAAUUGCAUAAUAAUAAUAGUACCGAUUAUAUUUCGAAAUUGGAGAAAUAUGAAAGCAUGAGGAAGCCAAAUUCAGCAUUAAGUGAGUCAUUAUUCUCCAGCUUUGCGAAACUUGAACAUAUAGAUCAUAAGUAUUAUAAUGAUAGUCAAGCUUUGGGUAUCCUUCUGCCUGUGAUCCCAGUUCCUGGAUCUAUUGGAUCGGGUGACAAUAAUUCUUAUUCUCAUACUGCUUCUGUUGUCAAAGCAAACCAGUUUCCAUUAUCAAAUCACCGUGAAGGUUUUUUGUUUAGCCCCGAUGGUUAUAACCGCUCUGUUUGUGAUGGUAGCACUACAGAUGCUUAUAAUAAUGUUGAUAGUUUACCGUUCACGAAAGCAGUAAAGCAGCAUUUAUCUCAAUUAGAACAUCUACCAUAUUUUUCUAAAGUUUAUGGCCAAACACAUAACGGCUUUGGAAAUUAUUAUUAUUCAUCCGACGAUCGUGCUAGGCCAAGAUCAUUGAGUUUUGUUAACUACAGUCUGAAAAAACUUCAUUACAAUACUUUGUCUUUUCCAGUUUCUGGUGGAUCGUCCAUAACAGAUACGUUACUGAAUCCUGGAACUUCACCAACUAAGAAUCCAAAAAUGACAAGUUCAAUUGUUUCGCAGAAAUCUUUGGUGUCUCAGCCAGUUAUCAAGAUGGAUGUGGUAAACGUAUAUGCCAAGCUAGAAUUUGGUGUAAUAACUGGCUUGGGAAAUGGAGAUGAGAAAACUGAUUCAGGAAAAUAUGAGUCUGAUAAUUCCCAAAAUAUCCAUGAGAUAACAGCUCAAGAAGAUGAAUUGAUUUUUGAAGAUUAUUGA